GGAGGCUCUCCACAAAUUCAAGGCCAGCCUGGGCUACAUAUUCCCCAGGCGUGCGCGGCUCCUCCGAUGACCCUGUGAGAGCCGAGGUGUCACCGCUGCCGGGGUCCUGUCCUGGAGCGGCUGCCUGCCACCCCCAGCAUGGCAUCUGACACCCCUGAGUCCCUGAUGGCCCUCUGCACUGAUUUCUGCCUGCGCAACCUGGACGGCACCCUGGGCUACCUGCUGGACAGGGAGACGCUGCGGUUGCACCCCGACAUCUUCCUGCCCAGCGAGAUCUGCGACCGGCUGGUCAAUGAGUACGUGGAGCUGGUCAAUGCCGCCUGCACCUUCGAGCCUCACGAGAGCUUCUUCAGCCUCUUCUCGGACCCCCGCAGCACGCGCCUCACCCGGAUCCACCUGCGCGAGGACCUGGUGCAGGACCAGGACCUGGAGGCCAUCCGCAAGCAGGACCUGGUGGAGCUGUACCUGACCAACUGCGAGAAGCUGUCCGCCAAGAGCCUGCAGACGCUGCGCAGCUUCAGCCACACCCUGGUGUCCCUGAGCCUCUUUGGCUGCGCCAACAUCUUCUACGAGGAGGAGAACCCAGGGGGCUGCGAGGACGAGUGCCUGGUGAACCCCACCUGCCAGGUGCUGGUGAAAGACUUCACCUUCGAGGGCUUCAGCCGCCUGCGCUUCCUCAACCUGGGCCGCAUGAUCGAUGGCGUCCCCGUGGAGUCGCUGCUGCGGCCGCUCAGCUCGCUGGCCGCCCUGGACCUCUCGGGCAUCUGAGUCCAUCGCUGGGGCCCGGGUGCUGGAGGGGAGCAGCUGUGGCGGUCCAGGCCCCCCGCUCUGCAUGGCAGGAGCGAGGUCCUGACCUGGGGCCCCGCCAGGCACCUGGAUAUCUCCCGAGACCGCCUCUCCAGCUACUAUAAGUUCAAGCUCACGCGGAAGGUGCUGAGCCUGUUUGUGCAGAAGCUGGGGAACCUCAUGUCCCUGGACAUCUCCGGCCACAUGAUCCUGGAGAACUGCAGCAUCUCCAAGAUGGACGAGGAGGCUGGCCAGACCAGCAUCGAGCCUGCCAAGAGCAGCAUCGUGCCCUUCCGCGCUCUGAAGCGGCCCCUGCAGUUCCUCGGGCUCUUCGAGACCUCCCUGUGCCGCCUCAUGCACAUCCCGGCCUACAAAGUGAGUGGUGACAAAAAUGAGGAGCAGGUGCUGAACGCCAUCGAGGCCUACAUGGAGCACCGGCCGGAGAUCACGUCGCGGGCCAUCAAUCUGCUCUUCGACAUCGCGCGCAUCGAACGCUGUAACCAGCUGCUGCGGGCCCUGAAGCUGGUCAUUGCGGCCCUCAAGUGCCACAAGUACGAUAAGAACAUCCAAGUGACAGGCAGCGCCGCCCUCUUUUACCUGACCAACUCUGAGUACCGCUCCGAGCAGAACAUCAGGCUGCGCCGGCAGAUCAUCCAGGUGGUGCUGAACGGCAUGGAGUCCUACCAGGAGGUGACGGUGCAGCGGAACUGCUGCCUGACACUGUGUAACUUCAGCAUCCCCGAGGAGCUGGACUUCCAGUACCGCCGCGUCAAUGAGCUGCUGCUCAGCAUCCUCAACCCCGCGCGGCAGGACGAGUCGAUCCAGCGCAUCGCCGUGCACCUGUGCAACGCCCUGGUCUGCCAGGUGGACAACGACCACAAGGAGGCCGUGGGAAAGAUGGGCUUCGUGGUGACCAUGCUGAAGCUGAUUCAGAAGAAGCUGCUGGACAAGAUCUGUGACCAAGUCAUGGAGUUCUCCUGGAGCGCCCUGUGGAACAUCACGGACGAGACGCCUGACAACUGCGAGAUGUUCCUCAACUUCAACGGCAUGAAGCUCUUCCUGGAUUGCCUGAAGGAAUUCCCAGAGAAGCAGGAACUACACCGGAACAUGCUGGGACUCUUGGGAAAUGUGGCAGAGGUGAAAGAGCUGCGGCCUCAGCUGAUGACGUCUCAGUUCAUCAGCGUCUUCAGCAACCUUCUGGAGAGCAAGGCGGACGGCAUCGAGGUGUCCUACAACGCCUGCGGCGUCCUGUCGCACAUCAUGUUCGAUGGGCCCGAGGCCUGGGGUGUGUGCGAGCCCCAGCGGGCAGAGGUGGAGGAGCGCAUGUGGGCGGCCAUCCAGAGCUGGGACAUCAACUCCCGCAGGAACAUCAACUACAGGUCCUUCGAGCCGAUCCUCCGCCUGCUGCCCCAGGGCAUCUCCCCUGUCAGCCAGCACUGGGCAACCUGGGCCCUGUACAACCUUGUGUCCGUCUACCCCGACAAGUACUGUCCCCUGCUGAUCAAGGAAGGCGGGAUGCCCCUCCUGAGGGACAUGAUCAAGAUGGCGACCGCACGGCAGGAGACCAAGGAGAUGGCCCGCAAGGUGAUCGAGCACUGCAGCAACUUUAAAGAGGAGAACAUGGACACGUCCAGAUAGAGGCCUCUACCACACCGCCCGCGGGACUGCGGCGGGAGAGAGCGCAGGAGGACGAGGAGGCAGAGGGGACUUUUGCACAGCCGAUGCUUUUCCUUAACGUUAGUGAGAUAUA